GAUCUACGCCACAUUUACAUUAUUUCUUCGGUCAGCGUUCGAAUUUUCAUGGCUCCAACAACACGAGUAUCAAACAAAGACAAGCACCCUGGAAACAUCUUGCUUCCUGAUUCCCACCUAGCCAGAAAAGCCGCUGCAACAAAAGCAGCCAUUGACGAGGUCGCUCAGUUACUAAAGCAAGAAAUGUACGAGGACGCAUGGCAGUGGGAAGGGGAAGAGGCAACACGUCCACUAACACGGUCCAACGCGAAGAUCACGCACCCUUCAGGAGCGCGUGCUUGCAAUCAACUCAGCAGCUCGAAGCAAGAGCAGACAGCCGCUGCGGACAAUGGGAGCUCCCACAAAUACAAGUUUAUGAAAAGGGAACAACGAGAAAUGGUAGCUGAGGCAAAUAAACAGUAUUACCUCGAUAUCGAGGAGGAUGAAGAUGAAGAGAAACAGGAGCUAGCACAGAACGGGAAGCGAAAGGAGCGCGUCGUCACGUACAGCACCGAUGAUGAAAGGCCUACUCCAAAAAAACUCAAACCCAUCUCCCAGCCUCCAGUCAGGGGUCUUCAAGUUGAAGUUCUUCUUCCCAAUUGGCGCGCGAUUGUUGCACGUGACGUUCCCCAUUCACACCUUAAGCAAGCUUCUAAGUCCCACAAGUCUGAUUCAAAGGAAAAGAAAAGCCUCGAACUCGAGGAAGCAAGCAACGUCGAUUACGGGAGUUGCGGAGAUGAAGACGUCGUUGCUGACUCGGAGGAGGAUGAGGAGGAGGAAUCGAAUUUCAUCGGUCCGAACGACUCCCAGUGUGCACCAUCCAAUGUUUCCCUACUUGUGCCCACAAAUGGCCUGCAGCGCGCAUCCGUGAAUACUCCCCAGAAUUCGCACUCCGGAAAUGGCGCCGCUGGUGCACAGCGUAAUUUUGGCCCCCUUGUAUCUACUCAACGCAAACCCAUGGGCGCACUGCGACCAAUUUCCAAGUCUCAGCCUCGCGUCCCUGCUAGUUCCGCACAACAACCGGCAAAGAAGCCACACACUUGGUUCCGCAUAGAAGAUCUACCGAACGGCAGUCAGCAGCGCUUCCGCGAGGAUUUGUUACCCAUGUGGCUUGAUUUCGUCUCCACCCUCGAAAACCCUUGGGAUGUUGCUAACCAUAUUAAUGUUAUGCAAGAGAUCUGGAACAUGGUAUUCACGGACAUUGACCACACUGUGCAAAAGACGAACGACCCGGUGUAUUAUUUGUUGGUCCAACGUGCGAUUAACUACCGCAACGCCUUUUCCAAGCGCGGCGAAACCGCCGUCGCAACUUACCUAAAUAGCCUCGGCUUGAAAGAUCCAGAGCAGAUCGCCAAAUACAUCAGCUUCCUUGUCCCAUCAGUUUCAGACAUACGCAGCGAUGAAGAGACUGCUGAAUGCUACCCGUUCAUGUGGCAGGAAACGAAAGUUAUCAUGGACGAAGACGGACGUAUCGAACACAUGGAAACGAAGGGCGCAUUCUGCUCUCAACCGAUUUCUGACACUCUUGCGCUCUACCUGGAGAUCAGAGAAUCCAUUCCACAGGCGUGGCGGCAGACGGAUCAUCCUCGUGGCGCUCUCGUCCUCGCAACUGCUUCAGUGGAACGUGCGCUGAAGAUGCACUCAACUGGUGUUUAUGCCAAGCCCCAAAACCAUCUCGAGUCUAGGUUCUCGCAGAAACAUUGGGGUGUUACGACGGAGAAUGUAAUGAUCUCUGUUAAGAAGACUUCUUCACGGGGAUGGAAGAAAAUCAUCAAGGCCGCUAUGCUUUACAGCAGAACUCGCAAAACACGUCGUAAUUUGCGUCCAGUACCUGACAGAGCCCGUGAGGGGCCGAAUGGUUAUACACAUUGUGUUGAUGCGGACUCUGCCUCUGACUCCGGCUCUGAUAUCAUUUUCUAGUAGAAUGUGUCUGAUGAGUUUUCUCAUGGGUUGAUGGCAUGGUUUUGAAGCUUUCCAUAGACUAAGCACUAGGCUCCUACACAUAUGCAUCGUCAUCAACUCGUUAGCUAUACUCUGCGCUAUGCGAGUUAUUCGAAUUUCAGAUUUGAAACAUCUCAAGAA